UCUGGGCAAAAAAUAAUCUCAGAAAAAAAUAAUUGAACCUAACCUCAAAAAAAAGUAAAGUUUUUGAAAAUCUGAAGCAAAGCGAGCGACUAGCAAUGACUUGUGCAUGCAUUUCACAAACAUAACGACUUGCAUCACGUACAAAACAUAGAACAUAACCUUAAAAAAAUAAUUUUUCAACAACCUCUGCUCUAUCUUUGUGCUGUGCUGAACUAGCAAACAAAAAAUAGUAGACGACAGAGUGAAAACAAGACGAAGAACAGCAAAUUAAAUCUUUCGAUAGUUCAACAAAUAGACAAAAAAAGAAAGAAGGAACGAGAGUACAUAAAAUAUUUUUCAUCUCUCAGCAAUAAUUCAAUCAAUCAAACUCAUUUUUCUUUGAUAUUCAUAAAGUUACAUUGAUACUGCAACGUAGAGUCAUCAAAUCGUCAAGGGAAAUUCCCAAACGAAAAAACCAAAGUUAAUUAAAGAAAAGAAACUCAAUUUCCCAAAAGGAAAGAAGAAAAAAAUCCCAACCGUGGACUAGAAACUUACAAAAAAAUUCCAUAAUAAUCAGCAAUGCUUCGUGCAGUCUUAAAAAUCUUAGCUUACCUGAGUAUCUUGACGAGUACACGGACGUCCUCGAGUUAUCUUGAGCCGCAGUCACUCGUGAGCUAUCGUCGUGCAAAUGCUGAUGCUGUUGCUACAGGCGGUGCCAUUGCUCCAUCAUCGAUUGAUGUCGACAUUGGAAUUCCUGCGAAUGUUCAACAAUUUAGUGAUUUAAGUCCUGAUACAAUCGACGGUGCUGAUGUAUAUGAUGUACAAUGGCGUGCUAGUAAUUCACCAUAUUUUAUGCCGCGUCUCGUGAAUGCCAAUAGUAUGCUCUAUACACAGCUGAGUAGCAAUAAUAAUAAGAAUAUUAAUAAUAAUAAUAAUAAUAAUUUUAAUAAUAAUUUAAAUAAUAACAAUAAUAAUAAUUUAAAUAGUAAUAGUAAUAAUAAUAAUAAUAAUAAUAGACGUGGAAGUAAAAAGUCACGAAAAAGUAAGAAGCAGCAGCAGGAAAGCAGAAUUAACAGUAGCAGUAGCAAACAGUUCUAUGAGACUCACAGUAAACGACGGAAUAGCUUUAGUUCAACAUCAGAUAUUGAUGACACAAAUGAUCAGUCAUCAUCAGUACCGUCAUCAUCAUUAAUUGAUAUCCAAAAUCAUAGCAAUAAUAAUAAUCUCACAUCGGCAACAACAGCCAAAAUUAAUAAUUUCACAUCUAAUGAAUAUCCAUCAGCACAAGUCGAUGGUAAGCUCGAGCGUGAACUUCAGGAGCUCUUUGGCAUUGAAGGUGCUCGAAAGUAUCAGGAAUAUCAGCUUCAACAGCAGAUUAUGAGUGAACAAUUUGGUAAAAUUCCUGAAAAAAAUGACAACUUAAAGGAGACACAAAGAAAACGUGAUGGAGGCUUGGGUGCUGCUGAAGAGAUGCAGGAUGUAUCUGGUGCGAUGAUUAAUCAAAUGAUGUCAAGGACGACACGAAGACAACGCGAAUAUGACGUGCCGCUUAUCCAAUGUCCUCCUGCGACAGAUGGUAUGGAACGUUUCGCAUGCCCAACACCUGACCGACAGGGACGAUAUCGAUGUAUAGAUGAUCACGUGCUGUGUGAUGGCUUUAUCGAUUGUCCUGAGGGUGCUGAUGAAGAUCGGCAAGCUUGCAUGUUUUACAAAACGACAAAAGCACAUUUAGAUGUACUGGCAGAUGCACUGUUACGAUGGGCACGAGGUCGUUAAGCUAUCAGCCAUUAAAUCUACACAAAUUAAUUGAAAUAUGUUUAAAAAUAAUCAACAUGACAACAAAUUGAGGAUGAACAAAGAUAAACUACUGAACAUAUACACACAUUAGAGCAUAAAUAUUAUUUAAGGUAAAUUCUUUUUGAUAUUGCUGAGGAUUUUGGUGAGAUUCAUUUGGGGAAUUGAGGUACUAGAUUGAUUGAGAAUCGAAUUAUUUACUUGAUUCUCACAAGUUUUAAAGCCAUACAAAAUUUGGACUUAUCAAGAAAAGUUACUAGAUCAUACAAAGAUGUACUAGACUUUUGAUCUGAGUACUAGAUUUUUGAUCGAAGUACUAGAGUUUGUCUUCAAAAUGUACUACAAACGCAAAAUAAGUAUCAGAUUUUUGUUAAAAAGUAUCAGAUUUUCAUGAAAAUAUAAUAUUAUAUUGAAUUAAGGUAUCAGAUUAUUACAUGAAGUAUUAGACUUUUGCAUGAGGUACUAGAUUAUUUUUUUUAAAAAAUCAGAAUUUUCUCAUAAACCUCAAAGAAAACUCACCCAAAAUUCCCUGUAAAUAACAAAAUACCAAAAACAAAAAAAAUCAUUAUUAAAAUGUUUGCAUUUAAAUGAAAUGAAAAAUUCCAUCGCACUGAGUGGAUGUGACUAAUUUAAAAGGAAAAAAAUAUUACAAUUAAUUUUUAAGUAAAUGAAUGAGCGUGAAAAUGAAGAACUAAGGCGAACAAAAAAGGCAUUUGCAUUUUAAGUUGUAUAAAAAAAUUAAUUUUAAUUCUUGAAAAAAAAAUGGAAACUAAAAGAACUGAAAAUAUUUAUGAACAAAAAAAACAUGAAAAUUAAGGAAAAAAUCUCAAUUAACGAGAUAAAAAUCGCUAAGUUAAUUAUAUUUAAUGAACAUAUAAAAAAAUCCGUGUAAAAUAAAAAGAAAUUUGAGGAAAACAUUUUUGCUUAUAAGGGGCUGUUCACUUAUUACGUAACGCGAAAAAAUUACUUUUUAGACCCCCCCCCCCCCCCUCGUAACAAAAUUUGUAUGAAAAAAAAAUUUCCUUGUUUGAACCGUAACAAAAUCUUAGACCCCCCUCCCCCCCUAAAAGCGUUACGUAAUAAGUGAAUGGCCCCUAAGAAAAAAAAUUAAAAAUUAAUUUGAACAAAAAACUUCCGUGCUUCGCGUGGAAGUUUAAGAGAUAUUAACAUUAAUUAGUUGUAAUGGAAAAUUCAAUCAAAAAUUGACAUUUUUUUUCCUCACAAAACCAAUUCUGUUAAAAAAAUAAUUUUUUGUUUUAAACAGUUUAAAAUUAAUAAAAAAUUUCAUAUCAAUUAAAUUUUAAGUGAGAUCUCCAUGUCAAUGCGCGUGGAAGUUUAAAAAAAAUUGAACAAAAAUGUUCUUAUUCGGCGCAAUUUAUUGAUUAUUUAGCAAUUAAGAAAAAUCUUCUGGGAUUUUAAAGCUUUGCUGGGUUUUUGAAGAUAGCAACAAGUUUAAGAAUAAAUUUAAUUGACAACUUUUGUGACUGAUUUCCUCUUGGGAGUCUUGAAUUUUCAAGUGAGGAUAAUUAGUCUCAUUAAAAUAGAAGAGAAAUUAGAUUAUAUUUUUAAGGUUGUUUUUUGUAAUUGAUUUUUUUUCACGGUAAUGAAUUUGGUUGUUUUUAGAUGAAGUUCUUGGUAUUGUGGUACUAGAUUUUGUAAAAUGACUUGAUUGUUGAACAAGAUUUAAUAUUUAAAUGUGUACUAGAUUUUUGAUGGAAAGUAUUUGAUUGGCAGCAAAAAGUACUAGAUUUUUUUAAAAUAAUUCAAUUUAUAAUAGAAAAUAUUUUUCAAUGAAGUCCUAG